UUGGCGACUGAGGUUCAUGCGGGUCGUUUACGUUCUUAUCUCACUCGGCGCACGGCGUCUAACCUAACCUCUUAGAAUUCUGUCGUGAUUACUCCGCGUGGUCUGUACGUUCGAUUAGAUUCCAGUGUUGUCUGUUCCUAGAGUGACCAAUCGGAAGGUUUUCGCGCCAGCGUGUCUGUCUGGCGCUUGUUAUCUGAAUCAGUCGCUAGUCUGAUCGAAACGUCGACGAAGUGCGUGGUCGUCGGUGUGUGGUCUCAGUUUUCGCGGCGGUCUCGCCUUGCUGUUGUUGAUUCUCCCGAUUGAUUGAUCAGAGCUGUUGCAGACGGAUUUUUGUGUUGACAACUCGUCGGUCAUUUGAUUCUAACUAGUUUGACUCUUGUUAUUGUGUGUGGUGUCGCAGUAUUUCCUUUGGAUUCGAAUCUGCUGGCCAUCUUUGGAUACCUUGUGAACAGGUUGGAGACGUGCGAAGGUCAUUCUCGGAGUCGGAGCAGAAGGAUGCACUCAGGAUGAUGGAAUCAGCUCUAGAUAACCCUUGCUACUUCACCCACACGACUUUCAAGCCGGCGCCGAAAGACAAGUCGACGCUACCGGCGGCGCUGACCAAUUCCCUGAAGAAGCGGAAGGGUUGCUCGACGCCCUCGCUGCACCCGGGCGACCGCGAUCGACGCAACCGAUCGCUGCUGCGCUCUUUGUCGGCCAAUGCGGACGACACGCGACUCCUCGUGCUCGGCAACCCGCGCCCUUCCGACCUGGCCCCGUGCGAGUCGCCCAAGCGCGGCAACGGCAAGGGCGACUUCCAGGGCGGCGACAUGGUCCUCUGCACGGGCGCCGCCGCCCCUUCCGAGCCCCCGCCGCCCUUCCUCGAGCCCGGCCCCACCCCGCGCUACGUGAACACGGCCACGCUCCCGCCCCCCGGGAGGCGCCGCCACUCCCUCACCUCCUUCCUCCGCCCCGUCUCGGCAGCUGCCCUUCGCGUUCCGGAUGGUCAUCUCUACCCCCGCAGCACACCCGCUCCCGUCUCGGAAAAUGGAGGCAUGAAGUGCAGCGACAUCCUAGAUAUCCUCCUGGUUUAUUAUGGACAGAGCGAGGGCUCAACGCAAUGGGCCAAUUACCUGACACAUUGUUUUCAGCAAAUUGCCCGGGAGCAAGCCAGAAGCCCUUUCAGGAUCGCGAAUGUGCACAUCGAGGACGUGUUGACGGGAGCGAUGAGCUGGAGCGAGCAGGAGAAACUGUCGCACGCCCGGCUCCAGAUCGUCAUCGUCUGCCCGCACUUCCUGAGUCGCCUGGACAACUGCACGCCCUCCAGCCCCGGGCUCAGUUCCCUUCUUCAGUCCGGCAAAGUCCUCGCGAUGCUUCUCGGCGUCAACGAGGAGUACUUCACCAACCAGCAGCGAAGAGCUAUGAUGUUCAAUGAGCAGUGGCGCCGGUUGGUUGUGAAGGAUCAGGAUCCAGCUUUCGUAGGUGACUUUCUCGGAGUUGCAAUGGAUAUCUUCAGUCGAUCAUGGCAUCUCCAGAUGGCGAUCAGUCAAGCAUCUGGGUUGGAUGAUAAAGCACACUUUUCUGUUCUUCCUAAAAAAAUAAAAAUGGGGCAGAACAAAGUCAUUAUUUCAUUGACGGAGCCUUUGGAAGCUGAUGAUAACAUCAGAAUAACCCUAGAAAAAAGCGGAGAAAAAAUUGAAGUCUCUGCAUUCAAGAAAAAAAAUCCUUACACGAUUCAAUUUGCUGUUCCUCCAACUUGCUUGCAAGUGUCCCUGUUGAUCAAUGUCUUUCUGGAGAAGAAUGGAAAGCCCCUUGGGCACCGUGCAAUAAAGUGUGAAAGUCGGAUGCGAGAGCUGGAACAAAUUUUAAGAUCUUGCGACAAACCUCUAUUUUUCAUGUGUCAGACACUUGGACUUGGUCCUGGAGAAAAAGAUCAGCUUGAUUCUUUCUUGGUCUCUGCCUUCCAGCGGAAUAUCCCUCCUGACUUUUCACUUCUCGCACCAGCAGAGAAUAGAUUUUAUUCAAGUCCCGAAGAAUAUCCAACAUUGUUACAUUUUGCUGCUAAAUUUGGCCUGGAAAAAUUGUGCUGGCAGCUGCUGGAGUGCCCUGGAGGAGUGCAAGCAUGUCAAAUUCGCAAUGGAUCUCAACUGACACCAGCAGACAUGGCUGAACAGUCAGGUCAUCUAAGUUUAACCAAUGCCUUGAAAGGAUACUUGCAAAUGACCGAAUUGACAAGCAUGUAUCAUUAUCUGAAGGGCAUGAGUGAUGGCCAAUUAGCUUUCAAUGAUUCAAAUUACCUAAUUCCUCGUCCAAUGCUUGACACAUACUCCAUCCCACCGCACGCACGACCGUUUAAUGCUCCAAUUUCUCCACCAUCUACUCGGACAACUCCAACACCUGUGGCUACACCUCUUUCAACCCCAGCAUCUCCGUUCUACACUAACAUUACAUCUUAUGCUGUGCCUCCGUCUCCAGUAUCUGUCAGCUUCUCCGCCGGAGCAAACUACCAGUUCCCACCACCGCCCCUUCCAGUCAGUUUUGGCAACUACCAAAUGCCGGUGACGGAAGGAUCAAUUAGCUCGCCUGUUGCUGCGUCUACGCCUACGGAUGGAGUGCCACCUUUUGGAGGCUAUAUGCAUAUGAGUGCUUCAAUAGAUCGGGAAGGAUCAGCGAAUCAUCUAAGAGGAGAUUUAAAACUUGAUCUGGAAUCAAAAUCUGGCAAUAAAAGAGACACCCUAGGAUCCAUUUCCUCUGGAAGUGCUGAAAAUAGUAGUGGUCCAGCCUUAGGAGAAAUUAGACCGUUUCCUCAUCAUUCAAACCCGCAAGAUGAACUGGCAGAAAUACUCAUGGAUUUCAAGAAUCAUGCUCACACUAUUGCUGAAGUAGAAAAUCUAGUCGAAAGUUGGAGAAAUCGGAAUGAUGUUCAGCAGUCUUUUAGAGAAAAACAGGAGCAAAUUCACCAAAUGAGGCUUGAAUAUGAGAGAAUACAAAAUUCAAUGAAGGAAAAAUUGAAGCGACCGACUCCUUUUGAAAGAAUCAAGAAGCUCUUCACCAGAAAAUCAAAACAUACGCAAGAGCACCCUUUGUCUGAAAAUGGAAAGUAUCAACCUAAUCCUGAUGCAGUUUGUAAUCGUUUAGCAAGUAGCCUAAGCCUUCACAGCUCAUCAAGCUCAUCUUCUGGGCGAGUAAGCUCUACAAGUGGUGUGAGUGUAUCAGAGAGCUAUGCGCAUUCAGAGUACAAUGAACGCCGCAACACUGGAAGCAGUGACUCAAAGAGCACAAAGCCCGGCUCGGCCAGUUCCAAAGAAGAUAUAUCUACGAUGGGCAGCAUCCGCUACAAUUUCCCCAACACCUUCAAGAUCCACUCGGAGUAUGUGCUGAGUAAUCAGGCUAAAAUGCAAGAGAACACUGAUGAUAAGGCCUCAGAAUCAAACGAAUCAAGUAACCGUGGUAGCUGGACUUCACAGGAACAGUUCCCUCGUGUCCUUGAAGAAGACUCGUUUAGUGAGCAUUCUGAAAACCAAAGUAUCACUGUGGCAGAAAUACACAAUUCGGAUACCAAUGAUGACAGUCCAUUGCCAGAAAAACGUCCAAUGGAUAUUCAAGAGAAAAGUGACGACUUAUCGGAGACGGAAGACUCACCGCUUUUGUGCAAAGUUGACGCCAAUAAGAAUAUACUAGUAAAAUACUCCGUCACAAAGGUGUAGCUUUCCAUGCUAAAUGGUAAAUUCAAAUGUAUUCAUUUUGACUUGAUACCCUAAUAUGUCAACUGUUUUCAAAGAAAGACAGAUUAUACUCAGUUUGGACUCAAGUGAAAAUUUUUAUUUCUCAGUUAUUUUUUGCUCAUCAGGCCACAAAUUCUAUUAAAAAGCUCCCUUUUUACAUAAUCUUUCCUUCGUUGAGUUGUAAGCUAACUCAGUAUGAUUAUUUAUUUUAAGGAAAAUUUUGCUCAUAUGCCUUCAACAACAUCAUUUUGCUAAUAUUCAAAAGCACUGCUUGUUUUGAGCAUCCAUAGAGGUGCCUUCGUUAUGACUUGGAAUUUGUUUCAAAUUGUUUACUUUUUUCUCUCACUUAUUGAAUGAGUUGCUCCUCUGUGCAUUCUGUGAAUGACAUUGAUAAUUUUAUAUGUUAUCUGACAGGAGGACUUGUUAAGUUGCUUCCUUCUCUUUCUCUCUCUAUCCCUCUCCUCCCCCAUUACAGUGUGUACAGUCAAUUUACCAGUUUUGCUCUCCUUUUUUUUUCUUUUUUUGAGGUAAGUCGUACCGUCCAGUAUUUUUAACUUAUUUGGAUUCAAGUUAGUUUGUUUAUGUUAGAAGUUAUGUUUUUUAUUUGAUCAUGUAGAUGGCUCUUAUUUUUGUCAUGAUCUGCUGCAGAAUUUUAUUUAUUCUGAUUUUCAAGUAGGUAAUUUUUACUUGAACUGCAUGUAAAUAUUUAAAUUUUCAAUUCAAUAUCUGAUGCAAUUUUUUCCAUAAAAUGAGAUCAAAAAGUUUCUGUCACCUGGUCAGUGUGGAUUUGUAUUCCAAAAGUUUUCCCUACCUGGAAGUUAUUAAAUUAUUGUGUCUUUUAACUCUCUGUGAUUGAAGUUGGAUUAAGCUGGUUUCAACAGUCCAAAAUGUUGUCAAAACAUAUUCAUCAAUGCAUUUUCACAGUAGCCUUAGUUUUGAUCCCAUGAUCAUGUCUGAUCCAAAACAUAAUUCAACAAUUUUUGCAACCUCAAUUCUUUUUAGACCUUCAGUUUUAGGAAUUGAAACUUAGUAAUAAUCUAAUAACACAUUUUCCUUUAAAAAAAAAAAGAUUUUUCAGGGUAUUUUGUACUUUCUGAAAUCAUCCCCCUUUUUUGCGCUUGAUUUGGAAAAAGAAUAAUUUAUUCAGAGCUCACUCCAAUGAAUGAUUCAAUGAAACUAUCUGGAAACUGAGGCUCAUUAAAAGGAAAUAAUAAUGACAACUUCUAAUAACCAUAGGUAUCUUUCUGAAUGUAAGUUUCAUCGUACGUAGUCUAUGCAGUCCUGAAAAGUACUUGAUUUCGAAAUUUUGUUUGAACCAUUUGUAUAUUGGAUGCAAAUAAAUUUAUUGUUUAAUAUGGAUUUGAAUCUGAGCUCGUCCCUCUAAAGACUUGACAAAUUGCGAAAGAGGGUAAAAUCACUUUUAUGUAAUGACAAUGGAAAUACAUUUGAAUACCUUAAUCUGCCAACUUCCUUUAUCAUACUCGCAUACCCAGUCAUGUUCAUGUUCAUAAUAAUUAAUCUCUAAUUGUAAGACAUGGAAGCUUUAACUCUUCAUGUUCUUUCAUAAUCAUCGUAACUGCUGCAAUGUGUUGUGCUUGACUGAUGUACAACUUAAGUUAGGUCGAUUUUAUGGCUGUUUAGUCAAAUCAGAUUUUUAAAGAACGAAACUGAAUCAAAAUUUUCUUUUGGAAAACAUAAAAAAAAUAAUUUUUGUUUGUUAAAGAAAAGCAUGGAUUUGUAAAUGAUGUUAUAUUAUGCUUGAAACUCAAAAUUGUGAAUAUGUUAAAUAUCUAAUCUAACUUGUACAGUCUACUUUUCAUUUGUAAAAAAAUCAGCAUAGAAAUAUGUCCCAAGCUUUUCAAAAAUAUGAAUGCAAUGAUACGGUUAUUUUAAGUCGCUUUUUGUCAGCCCUCAGUUUGAUUCUCGACGGGUUGUAGAGUGAAUGAUACCUAGUCUACCAAAAAAUUCCAUAUCGACACAUGUUGACACAUAAUUUGGUACGAUUUUAAUUCUAGUCAUAAUUUUGUAAGUCGGCUGCCUCAGAAGAAAUGGUAAAUCUUUCGAUGAUUUUUUAUUUCAGUAAUUUCACAGCAGGUGAAUUUUCUUCUCUUUUUAUGGAACUGUUUCAGAUCACAAGUAUCUAACCAUCUGUAAGUUUAUCAUGAGUAUGAGUGUGCGGUAAAUGGAUAAUUUUUUUUUUUAAUGUAAAUUUGUAAAUUUGAGUUGUUUUUGCUUUGUUUUGCCUCAUCGCUCAUCGAUUGAUGAGGCACAGCCCUUUCCUUCAAAUUUCUCUCAAUACUUUGGAAUCAGGGAGAUGAGUUAUAGACUGAUUAUUUGUCUUGCAGUUUUGUCUAAGUUCAAUUUUUAAAUUUCUCAAAAAACGCACUACUUGUAUUGCUCUCUCAAUUUCAUAGAUCUUCCCAACUGCUUGCAGUGGGUAUGCCAAGUUUACGCUAUGUCCUAAGUCCAUAUUGGUUUAUUCUUUUUUUUAUAAUGUUCUUAACAGUAAAAACUUUGAAAAACUAUCAGUUUUUGAUCUCUGCAUCUUGAAAAUAUCUGAUUCAUACCAAAUAAACACAUCGAAGCUUGAUAGUUGGAUCAUCCAAAGUUGAAAGUUAACUCUUCAUAAACAGAAAGUCAACCAUUUUCCAUUCACCAUGCAUAUUUAAUUACUAGCACUUGCUCCUCUUCAAUCGGUUAUUGGAAUGAUCCAUAGGACAGGAACAUUUUGCACAGUUGCAUUUGUUGUAUUUAAUCAAUGUUUCUCACUUUCUCCCCCAACCUUAAUGUUUCCCAUGAUAUAUUUUUUUAUGAUCAUCCUUCUGACUAAACACAAUUUUUGUACUCAUUGAUAGAGAAUUAACGUCUCAAUUCAAAACAAUAUUCUGUGUCCGUAUCGACCACAUUUUUCUAUCAACUUUUUUGAAAAAGAAUUUUGGUAUUUGUGUAAUUUUCUAUUUGUUUAAGUUGUAAUUUCAAUCUUACUUAUCUGAUAUUUUUCUUUGCCCUACUUGUUAUUUUUUCGAAACAUGCAUCUAUCAGAAAAAUCAUUUUAAGUGGCCAAAGUUUUCAUUCUCCUACUCUCGCCUUUUGUACAUAUUAUCAAUAAAUUAUUUAAAUUUGUUCCAGACCUAAAGUUCUUAAAACGAAACUAUUCCUCCAUCUUACCACUGUGAAUUAUAUAAAGUUAGGUACAUAAUUAAAUCCGAGACUGUUGUCUGCACAUCCUCUAUUUUUUGUACGAAUUUAUAGUAGAUUUUGAUUUAUCUAAGUUUUCAGGAACAUCAGUAUCAUUGUAUGUAUUUAUUAAUUUAAACAUGUUUAAAGAUAUAUACUUUUUUUAUUUGUCUCAA